UUCUUUUUCCUACAGGUGUAAAGAAAUCUACCAAGAACGACCAAUUCAUUGAUGGUAAGCCUUUGCAUGUAGAGGCUUUCUACCCUUUUAUGGGAACAGUAGUGCCAGUUGACCAACCGACAAGACCAUCGCGGCCUACAUCAGGUGACAUCCAAGCGGGUGGACAGUAUCAAUUUUACAAAGCUGUAGACAAGGACAUCAUGGAAUUUCUAAUGAAAUCCAAUCAAGAGGAAAAAUUGAGAGGACAACUAUAUUCGGACGAACACGCUCGCGUAAGGUGGACAAAUGAAGAAGGAUACGUUCUCGUGAAACACGACGUACCGGGAAAUAAGGUCGACAAGGAAUUUGAUGAGAACACUUGGAAAAACGGCUGCUCAAAAAUAAUUGACAACUUUAUUGACAGUUGUGCUGCGAAAGAAUUUCCAGUCGAAGACGACAUUUGGGAAGUAGUAGCCGAUCGGUUGCCACAGAUGGAAAGAAUUCUUCCGAAGUUCACAGCUCAAGUUAAGCUGUUGAAGGAAUCUCAUACAGUUAAAUUGAUUUGCCAGGAAUCUAACAUGUCAGAUUUUGCAGAAAAGCUCUCAGAUCGGUUAAAAGCCACCAAACAAGAAGAACUUGAGAAAAAGUUAGAGCAGAAGACGUUGACUGACAUAACUAGUGAAAAACUACAACUUCUACUAAAUGCCAGAAUCGAAGACAUUUUGAAGAAAGAGUUUCAUGAAGAUCUUCAAGUGAAGAUCGACUUGAGCAACAAAAACCUUGUAAUAAAGACGCCUAAAGGACACAUGACAUCUGUCAUGCCUUAUCUCAGACAGCGCCUGGACGAAAUUGACCAAUAUGCCAUAGCCAUGCCCCCAGAAAUCUUAGACAUCUUGAAAACAAAGGUUGGGAAAAGAAAGAUGACUGAAGAACUACAAGGAUGUGCUUUUAACGUUGAUGAAAAAAACAAGAAAGUCAUCCUUCUUGGGACGACCCUUUCUGAAACCACGCAAGGGAGCGAAAAGACAAAAACCGUGCUAAUAAGCGAUCGCAAUCUUUCAGUGGGCCCCUCCGACAAUAGCCUAAUGUGUUCAAAAAACUGGGACGAUCUCUGCAAGAAAUUGGUCAAACGCCUAACGAUCCGCCAAAAACGUGAAUUAAAUUGCAUAGCUGUCUUUGGGUUCAAACAAGAUGUCACAGAGGCCGUAAAGAAAAUGAGAGAUUUUCUCAACGAGAAGAAAGCAACAGAAGGCCAGUUCCGACUCGAUUCGUCGAUUCAUCGAACGUUCUUCAACGAUUAUUACAAAGACGACCUUCAUGGAAUCGAAGAAGAACUUACACACUAUGGAGUCAAGAUUUCUUUGGAUGAAAGUAAGGGCUUAAUCAGAUUUUCAGGAACUGAAGAGGGCGUCAGAGAUGUUGAGGAGAAGAUGUACGCUCUACAAGACGAAAUAAAGGAGAAGAGUUUCGCCAUUUCCACCCCUGGCAUGCGAACCUUCUUAGCCCAGGAUGAAGGAAAACGGUUAAUUGAAACUGUGGAACGAGAUUGCAAAUGUGUUAUUGAGAUAACAACAGAAACCGAGGAACAAACUGAAGACGACGAAAGUGACGGUGAUGAGUCAUUCAGCAACAGUAGUGAUGGCGAGAAGGAACUCGAUGAAGACGACACCUUUUUCACCUCGGAGUGGAAAAAGAUGAUCUGGAGGACUGGGAAUAUCGAAGAAGAACAGGCUGACGUUUUAGUGUGUUCUGUGGGGUCAAAGUUCAAUCUUAACAUUGGUGCGAUUGCAAAUGCCAUGAACAAAGCUGCUGGUCCAGCGUUACAGGAAGAGUUAAGGAAAGUGACGACAGCUGACAUGGGUGAAGGAGACGUUGUUCACACGGGUCCCGGAAACUUGCCCUGCCGUUACGUUAUUCACUGUGUAUGUUGCCCAUGGAAAGGAGAUUCUGAGCAAGAAGAGAUUCUAAGUGAACUGUUUAGGAAGUGCUUUGACAAGGCAUCCGAAUUGGGUGCUUGCUCAAUUGCUUUACCACUUGUAGGGACUGGUAACCUUGGUUUCCCGUAUAAAACUGCCGUCCACAUUAUGAUUCAGGCAGCUGUUGAUUACAGUCAGGCAAAUCCAGAGUCACCCUUAGAGGAGUUUCGAUUUAUUGUGUUCAGUGGUGAUCAGAAAGGAAUUACAACUUUCGAAGAGAAGUUUGCAGACUUCAAGAAGAAACAUAAGCCAGUGCCAAGACCUCGAAAGCGAGAAGCUCGUAAGAACAAACCAAUUCCAGUUGUACACGAUUUCAGAUGCAAAGCCGUUCACAUUGAAAACAUCAAGGUGCAGGUCGUGAGAGGAGACAUAACCCAGGAAAGCUCCGAUGCAAUCUGCAAUGUAGUUACACAAGAUCUUGACAUGAACAGCGGAAAUUUAAGCAAGGUCAUUUCUACAGCCUGUGGCAGCACAGUCGAAGAUGAGUUGAAGUCGAAAGCUCCCCGACUUCCAGGAUCUGUUGUGACCACCACUGCUGGGCGCUUGUCUGCAAAACAGAUCGUGCAUAUGGUUGUGGGAUCUGGAACAAAACAGCAUCUUCAAACAUGCGUGGAGAAAGCUCUUAAAGAAGUCGAUUCCUUGGGCUUGGUGUCAGUGUCCAUUCCAGCGGUUGGUAGUGGUGGACUGGGACGAACAGCUGAAGACUCGGCAAAGGUGGUUUUCGGAGCAAUCCGCGCACUUCUGACCAGGAGGCCAUUCAGUUCACUACGUGAGAUACGAGUUGUAGUCUUUGACCAUUCUUUCAUUGGUGCGUUUGUGGUCGAGUUAGAAGGAAUCCAGCAAGAAAAUUUGGACUCAUGCCAGCGUGAAGACGACGACGACGUUAACGUUGACGAUGACCAUGGUCAACAGGGCUCAGAAGCUUUAGCCGAUGAGUUAGCGAAGAAGCAUUGUCAUAGAAAAGUCAUUGUGCAUGGGCGGGUAGAGUCACUUGACGCAGCUAUGGCUGCCUUAAAGGAUGGCGUCGCCAGUGCCUGCAACAAACCACGUGUCAUCAAACACGAAAUCAUAAGUCGUUUUCCAAGACGUUGCAUACGGGAACUGAAGCGAAUGUCGCGUGCUCAAGACGUGAAAUUUGACCAACCAGAGCCAGAUACUGUUACGUUGGAAGGGCUUCCCAAAGAUGUGAUGGACAUGAACUCAGAGGUAUCAAAUGCCAUCCAGGAACAGAUGGGAAGAGAGCACAAAGAGGAGCGUGCGGAUCAAAUUUCCAAAACUGUUCAGUGGUAUUUGGUUAAUCCAGCUGGAAAACUCGACCUCUUUGAUAAAAUAGUCAACAAUGAUAUAGAAUCAGCCUAUAAAGCGAAGAAACCAUCGCUUUUAUUCACACAUCAAAACCUGAAGGCUGAAAUCAACUUUGGGAACAAAGAGGUCACGUUCUUAAGAACGGGAGCUAUCAAAAGGGUCCUUCGUAAAGAUGUGUUACCUCUUCCUGCUGAAUGGGAUCCACAGCCUCGUGACGAAAGUGGAAAAGAGGAGGUUCUUCAUUUGGUUAGCCUUGCACCGGAUACCCAGGAAUAUAAAGCGGUUCAAAAGAUGUUCCAUCAAUCAAUGCGAGGGAAGGCUUCCAUCAAAAACAUUGAGAGAAUUCAAAACCCAUCGAUGUUUAAUUCAUACAUGCUGAGGAAACAGACCAUGGAUGAAAAGAACGGGACUCUUGAAAACGAACUGCAACUGUUCCAUGGAACGAAUCCUGACAGUGUGAAAUCCAUCAAUGUGCAGGGAUUUAACAGGAGUUUGUGCGGAAUGAACGGUGCGGCUUAUGGUGAUGGUGUCUAUUUUGCAAAAGAUGCUUCUUAUUCCAAUACAUACUCACAGCCACGUCCCAACGGUGAUUGCUACAUGUAUCUAGCGAGAGUGCUUGUCGGGAAACACACUGCUGGAAAGGAAGGAAUGAAGACGCCUCCUGCCAUAGACCCAAUGAAACCUGAGAUCCUCUACGACUCCGUGGUCAACAUGGAACAAAAUCCAAAUAUUUUCGUAGUUUUCCACGAUUUUCAAGUCUACCCGAAAUACUUGAUUACCUUUAAAGAGAUCAGUCGAUAAGUCUAUAUAUCAAAGCAUCGGCCUUGCAACACGGAUUGAAUUUUAUUUAUAUUUUCAACACUGAGUAGCUAUUAGAGGUAGUUAAUAAAAGCAGUCAGUACUCAGCAACGAUUCUGUUCAGCUGGGAUAAAAAUCUAUGAUCAAAGAAUAGAAUAACAUUUACUGAACUCGGCGCUUUUUGGUAGAUAUGCACUCGGAAAGAACUUCCCUAAUUUAAGCUUAUUUCCAAACCGCUCAAGGAAACUUAGAAGGGACCGAUAAGCUAAAUAAUGCACUACUUUUAUACAUGUUAUAUAGGAACCAGUGUAAACUCGUUUUGAACUAGCUUCCCACUACUGGAAUUUUCGAUUCUAACGCGAUGUCUCUUUUGUUGUCGAUAGCAAGCUUAAAUGAAGGUAGUAGUAUCAAGUUACUUCAAAUCUAUAAAUUCAGCUGCAUUAAUUUUGUUUAUGUAGUUGUCUACAUGGUUAGGGUGAUGGUUGGUUAUACGCUAGAUUUAAGCUUUAGUCAUAAUGUACAACUACAGUAACAAAAGAGCCGUUACAAGGGUUGUUACCCAAACUUUAACUAUAGAUAUGUUUUUGGAGUGUUCAUAGAAUUUUGAAAAAGGGUCCGCUUAUGAAAAGGGUCCAUUUUCAUGUUGCAUUGUAAGGGGAAAGUCGGAUAAUUUACAGGCGGUUACUAUCUACAUCUACCAAAUAAUAGUGGAACACGGUCGCACGGACGAAAAAUGUUUUCAAAAUAGGGCUUAUAGCGCUGACUUAGUGGCCAAGAUUAACAACCACAUUGCUUAACACUAAAUGUAUACGAAUAUAGUUAUCCGGAUUCCCUACAACAGUGAAUGAAAUGCAAUAUGGUUAAUAGAGCGGUUUUCAUUUGAGUGUCGAAAAGUAAUUGGUUUUGCAUCAAAUACGCUACACGAU